AUUUUACACAUUUAUAGUUAAUUUAACAAUUUUAUGGGUAAAAUGAUUUGUGAUUUUGGGAUCACACAAUAAAAUAAAAUUUUCCAAAUUUCUCAAAAUGUUUAAAAAUUAAUAAUUUAAAAAUAAUUAAAUAAUUUAAUAAUUUAAUAAUUUAACAAUUUAAUAAUUUAAGGGAAUGUUGAAAAAUGGUUGGGGAGAUGAUACUGAGAGUUAAGAGUAAGAUUGGUAUAAGUCGUCUGGAGCUAAGUGAGGAUUCCACAGUCGGAGACCUUAAAAAUAAAAUCAAGGAACGGAUCCAAUUCACAAACAACUCACAACUCAAACUUUACAUCGAAUACAACCAUCAACACUUAUUGGAGGAUGAGGUGAGACUGAGUGAGAUUGGCGUGGUACACGGGACGAGUUUGGUGUUGGACAACGGCGUUGACGAAAUAAGCUACAAAACUAUUACAACCAGGCCUUCAAGUGUGACUGAGGAAAUUGAUCUCAACUCACAGCCAAAUGAGACAACCACGCCCCCCAAUUCACAACUGAGUGAGGGUGAAAAGUUGGAUGGUCCGUUGUUUAAGUCUUUUGACGCGUAUUUGCAUGAGAACGGGUUUGAAAUUGGUGAUUUACCCCUCAUGAACUCUUUUGUUCCAAUUAAAAUUAAACGAGGAGCUAUUAACAAGGUUUCCGUUACGUUACCGAAGAGUAUAACGAUAAGGCAUCAGAAGUAUCGGCAUGUGGAUCACUUGGAGAUGAUGAAUGUGGACGAGGUUAGAGGCUUUGCUAAUUUUUGGUUAUCGGAGUUACAAAUGAGUCUACAACGUAUCGGCUGGAUGUAUGGCUAUUAUACCGAAGAUCAUCACUACCCAUACGGUAUCAGAGCCGUUUGCGAAGCCAUCUACGAACCCCCUCAAUUCUCCACCAUAAAUGACGUUGUAAUGUUGGAGGAUGAGAUGUUGUGUAGUGUGGACAAGAUAGCUGAGAAACUUGGUUUAGAGCGUGUGGGUAUGAUAUUUACUCGGUUACCUAACGAGUGUUUCUUAACUGCCCGGGAGCUAAUGCGUGUGAUAGAGAUGCAAUAUAACUCCUUGAGACACACACAUUACACCGGGUAUCCCGUUAGCACUAUGGUAACCUGCACCAUGUCACCUGAUGAUUCAGGACAACCCGUCCUCAACGCCUUCAUGGCCUCUGAUCUCGCUCUAGCACUCUACAGAGAUGAACUCUUCACCUCCUCUCAAGCAUUCUCCAACAUUAUCCACACCAAGUGUGAUAUCAACGAUCAAUCUAGUCUAAGUAGUAAUAAUAGUAGUAGUAGUAGUGGUAAUAGUGUGAGAGAUAGUGUGAGAGGAGUGGAGAUUGGGGAGUUGAAGCCGAUACUGAUGGAGAGUGGCAAGGAGGUUGUGAACUUUGACACGAGUUGGCUAAUUGUGAGGAUUAACGAGUCGGCGCCCAUCAAACCCAACUCCUUCUUCCCCAAACUAAACACGCCCUUCCCCAUCGAAAAUCGUAACCCAUCCAAUAGUAAUAACAGUGGUAAUAGUACUGGUAAUAGUGUGAGUAGUAAUGGGAGUAGUAGUGGUGUGGACGGAGUGAGGUAUGGAGAGAAGUUGUUGGAUAAGAAGGAGAUGUUGGAGUAUUUUAGUGGGAAUUCGGGGGAUUUGUGGAAUAAUUUCCACUUUUUAAUUUACGUCUGCAGAGUGUUAGACGUGGACACGGCACUCUCCAUCUGCGAAUCCAUAGUACAACAACAACCCAUCGACGAUCUCAUCAAAGAAUUACUAAUACACUAAUACCACAUAUAUUAUUGUAUAUAA